AUGAAUAUUGACGAUGGUUUGUUUGUUGCUUGCAACUCAUUGUCUGAUUUCAGUGAUCAGUUUAUUGUUGAUGAUAGUAGCUUGAGCAAUGAUUUGUUAGAACUACAACCUCUAGCCACUUCUAAUAAUCCAACACCAUUGUCAGAAGAUGACAAAACUAGUAUCAGAAAUUUGCUUGAUGGUUGGAACAUGGGGUAUUUAUUUCAAACUUGUCUCAGUGAGUUUAAAUGCAUUACAUCUAUAGCCGCAAUCAUAUGCAGUGAUUAA